AUCUUUUGCAAGAAACUUCUGGGUCUGCUGCUAUGAGCAAGCUUGUGCCUUUAUCAGUUGUGCUGGUCCUGCUGCUGUCCCUGAACUGGUCCAAAGGUGCUGUUAUCACAGGGGCAUGUGAUAAAGAUAUGCAGUGUGGUCUUGGACUGUGCUGCGCUGUGAGCCUGUGGCUGCGGGGAUUGCGCAUGUGCACACCGAGGGGUGAUGAGGGCGAUGAGUGUCACCCUUACAGCCAUAAGGUUCCUUUCGCUGGGAAGAGGCUUCACCACACGUGCCCGUGUCUCCCGCACCUGGUCUGCACACGAUAUACAGAGACCAGGUACAGGUGUAACAGCGACUUAAAAAAUUUAGACUUUUGACAGCAUGGACUAAGACCGAAAGAAGAAAAAACUAAAUCAAAACACUACUGCUGUGGACAUACUUGAAGGAGAGACACGAGGGAAAACAAGAGGGAAAGCAACCAUCAUGUGCACCGCCUCUCUUCUCAUUGACACAUACAUACAUUUUGUCACUUAUUAACACAGAACAGUGCAGCUGCCACAUUAAACAUCUGAAUCGGCAAAGCAAAAAUCAUGUUUAAUUUCAUGAAGCAUUUAUUAUAUAAAUAUAGCUUCUAAUUAAUCACUUCAUGAAAAAAGACUUGUAGUUGUGCAAUUUUAUCAAUAAUCUGUGUUUAUCUAAUAUUUAUUAUGCUUUUGUUUUCAAAUAAAUGAUCUGUAAGAAUUACUUAAAUUGUCCGAUGUGUAAAUUGAUCUGUGCAUAAGGUCAGGGUUAUAAUGUAAGAUGUUUAUGUUCUCAUCUUUGUUUGUUUAUAUAAUAAACAAUCCUCAGAGCACUCUCA